CGGAGAUCGACCGGGUUCGUACGCCGGUGCGAGGAAAGAGCGUGGCAAACAGAAAACUGUCACGAGCCUCCAGAUUCUGAGCCACGUCACAAGCACCCAAUGGAAAACACCCACGUUUGCAGACACUUUCCCACCAUCUCUCUCCGUAGUAUAAAGAUACGUAUCCGUCCAAAGUAAUCCCUCCCCUCUCUCUCUCUCUCUCUCUCUCUCUCUCGUUCUCUUUCUCUGUGUGCGCGACUUUUUGGUGGGUUGAACUGUUGAAGAAGUUUCGGCGUCAAAAUCAAUCAAACGCGCAAAGUCGAUGGAGGUCUCCGGAGUAGCUUUCCGGCGGGUUCCGUGCUUAUCCGGCGCUGUAAUCGAUGCCCACUCUGCCAAGCCAUCUGUCUCGGUCGGUCCGAGCGAGUUUCGGGUUCUGGGUUACGGAGAUUCCAGAGCUUUCACGAGACCCAGAAAGUUGUAUGGGGCUUUGAUGAUAAAUUCUGGGUUUUGCGAUAACGGGCAUCUGCAGUACUAUUAUGCGGGUCCCAGGUGUGGUGGGAAAAAGGAGAAGGAGAAGGAGAAGGAGAAGGCGGUCACUGCAAAGAAGAAGUUGAAAUUGCUGAAGGGUUUGACCAAGGACUUGUCCAAGUUUUCUGAUAUGGGCUUUGGCGUGGACUCUGACGACGAUUUGGCUGCUCAAGCUCAACGGAAGGCUAUGUCGGAUGCAGCAGAGGUAUUGAUGAAACAACUGCAACAUCUAAGAGCAGAGGAUGACUUGAAGAGAAAAAGGAAGCAAGAGACUUCCAAGCUUGAUUGUGAAUCAUCAUUGUCUGAAUCGAGUGACAGUGAAUGUGAAGAGGUGAUUGACAUGAGCUGCCUGAGAAGUGAACCCCAUGAAGAACCAGUGCAACUAGAUGAAUUGCAAUCUGCUACUCAAGAAAAUGCAACAACAUUGACCCUUUCUAGCUGGCUGACGGAAGAAGGGAACACAACUGAGGCAAAUGGAUUGGGGGAUUGUAGAUCAGAGAACAAUGAAGUAGAAUGCUGCACUAAAAUCAGUACGAGUUUUAGUAGUAGCAAUGUAGGCCAUAAUGACAUAAGUAGCAUAGCGACAGGAGCACAGAGGAUUGAGGUUUGCAUGGGUAAGAAGUGCAAAAAAUCAGGAGGUCCUGCAUUGUUGGAAGAAUUUGGAAGGGUAAUAGGUGUCGAGGGUGCUGUUGUUGAGUGUAAAUGCUUGGGCAAGUGCAAAGAUGGUCCUAAUGUAAGGGUUUUGAAUUGUGCUGAUGGCAGUCAAGCUGAGGGGUUAGAUGUUUCUGUUAUGGCUCCUACGAAUCCCUUGGUUAUUGGGGUUGCAUUGGAAGAUGUGGGUGCUAUUGUUUCUAAUUUCUUUGGGGAUGACCAGAAAGACUUGGCAGCAGCGGUUCAGUAGAGCUUUUUAUUAGUGAUAUUGCUUGGCUCCAAUAUGUAUUUGGUCAAAUUGUCUGUGAUAACAAAUUUGCAUUGUUUCUGACAUACUUAAAGAUCCUAUUUUCAUUAGUGUAAAUCUAAAUAUGCCUAUUGCGUAAUGGAAUGCAUUCUGCAAUAACUUGCUCUAAUAA